UUUGUCUACAAGGGCGGGGCUGGUACUGGCCUCUCAUUCCCUUAGCAAAGGAGAGCUGGCAGUGGUAUUACAGGGGUAGCUCCGAAUAGAUAGCCUAUUUAACCAUGCAGGAUCCCAGUGGAAAUAAGAGUUGCAGAGCAGGUGGUGAAGAAGAAGGUAGCCAACAUACAUCAGUUACUGCUGAUGCCCAAGAUAGUUCACAGAAUUCCGAAGCCGAGAAUGACCAUGGUAACUCACUUCAUGAAAGACACCCACAAGAUUUUGGUAGCCAGGCUGUCCAAGGCAGUCUUGACUCAAGGAUCCCUGCAGAGGCCAGAGUGGUGGCAGAAGAAGCAACCAUCACUCCUCAUGGCGAGCAAGCACCAGUUAUCCCUGGACCAAGUGGAGAUGCUGCAACAACAGCUGGAAGUCGACUCCUGGAGUUUUCUGUAACAGUGCCAUUCAGGACCUCUUUGGAGGCAAACAUAGCCUGCAGAUCCCUGGCUUCACAUGUUCAGCAGCAGCAAGUGAUGGUUCAGCAAGAGUUCACAGUGAAUGAUACCACUCUGACUGUUCGGUGGGCCACCGAAGAUCCUGUUCUCUUCCGAACAUCUAUCAACACCUUCCUUGACCAGCUCUCCCUAGUGAUGAGGAACAUCCCACGCCCAGUGUUUAUGGCAGUUUUCAAACAAGGAAGAGGAAGAAAUAAUGACCCCUAAUGUGAUACCACCCACAAGACAAGGCUAGGGCUUUUCACCAUUUGUCCCUUUGCCUUCAUAUUCACUGAUUUGAUCCUAUCACACUGUAUUAUUCAGUGUUACUAAAGGAGUGAAUAUUGAAAUAAUGGAUGAUGAAGAAAA